UGGUUGGGAUAUCAUUUUACGGAUAUAAAUUCUAAAGUUUUCUCAAAACUUCACACUUUGUUAAAACUUAUCCAGGACUUAUUGUAGAGAAUACUGGGUAUUGAGAUAUAUUGAACAUUUAUCAGGGCCGAGGUCAACAUGUCUAGCGGGUACAUUGACCUCCGAGAGGUCCGACAACCCGAUCAUGACCAUGAAUCAUCACCAAAUGCUCAGCAAAGCAAUAAUGAGGAAUCUAAUGCGAUUCAUGAAAGUGAGGUUGAACAGCAACUCCGCCAGAGAAUUAGAGAACUUGAGGGUAUAGUUACAUCACAGAAUGCCAAGCUACAGGAAAAGGAAGUAAUAAAGAGAAACAAAAGUGCUGUAUUAGAAAAGCUCGUUAGAGUACAAGCUGAAAAAGUAGCGAUCGAAGAGAAUAGGGAGACACUAUUUGAGGAUCUGGAGUUUCAAAAAGAACAGGCAGUAAGAUAUACAAAGGAGAUUGAUGGCUACAAAGAUAAACUGGAAUAUCUUAACACACAGAUUUUGAAGAUUUGUAACGAUGCAAAGGAAAAGGAAGAACAGAUGAUGCUGGAAGUAUCGUAUUGGCAAGGAAAAUACGAGAACGAAAGAAAAGAAAAAGAAGAAAACCGAAGAAAGAAUUCCAGUAUAAAGUUUCGUUCUGGUGAAGCUAAAUUAGAACAAAACAACGUAAGCUGCUUGAUCCCACUUUCAAAGCGGAGACGGCGUGUAUUUUCCCAAUCACCGACUGUUCUACAGAAAUGCAAAAAUUGUAUGACUGUAUUCGACCGGCUGAGGCCUCAUGAAGUUCAGUGUCGUUUCCAUAAGUCAUCGCCACAACCAUGGAAGACAUGGAAGAAACAAGCUGAAGUUGGCGGACACAACUUGGAUUUGGUCAAUGCAAACCCUCAUGCUUAUUUGUACUGGCCAUGUUGUAACCAUGUCGGACUUAAGGAGCCACCAGGAUGUUUGAAACUCGCUUCCCAUGACCUGAUUCUUCCAGAAGAAGAAAAUUAGGCAAAGGUGAAUGCCACGGAAAGAAAUGUUUCUUUAUGAAUGACUUCAAUAUUAUAUUUCUGAACAAUGACAAUAAUUUGAAUAUUUCUCAAUCAUUAUGUUUAGAAGAGGAUAUUGAAUGAACUGUAAAUGAAGCGUUUUUGUAUUUGUUUUUGUUGUCGUUUUUUGUUUUAAGUGUGGUUCUGUUAAUAGAUUAUUUAGACUGUACAAAAUGUAAUUUCUUUCUUUUGUGCUUUUAUUUCAUAUGCAAAUAAUACGCUUGGUUAAAGUUUUCUGGUUUUAUAUGUUUUUCAAACGCAAUGGCCUAGAGACCUUAGGAAAACAUGUGUAUAUUAAUUGUUAUGACCGAUUCAAGUAGGAUAUAAAGGAGCCACCAGGAUGUUUGAAACUCGCAUCCCAUGACCUGAUUCUUCCAGAAGAAGAAAAAUAGACAAGGGCGAAAACCACGGAAAGAAACACUUCUUUAUGAAUGACUUCAAUAUUAUAUUUCUGAACAAUGACAAUAAUUUGAAUAUUUCUCAAUCAUUAUGUUUAGAAGAGGAUAUUGAAUGAACUGUAAAUGAAGCGUUUUUGUAUUUGUUUUUGUUGUCGUUUUUUGUUUUAAGUGUGGUUCUGUUAAUAGAUUAUUUAGACUGUACAAAAUGUAAUUUCUUUCUUUUGUGCUUUUAUUUCAUAUGCAAAUAAUACGCUUGGUUAAAGUUUUCUGGUUUUAUAUGUUUUUCAAACACAAUGGCCUAGAGACCUUAGGAAAACAUGUGUAUAUUAAUUGUUAUGACCGAUUCAAGAAGGAUAAGCCACCAGGAUGUUUGAAACUCGCAUCCCGUGACCUGAUUCUUGCAAAAGAAGAAAAAUAGACAAGGGCGAAAACCACGGAAAGAAACACUUCUUUAUGAAUGACUUCAAUAUUAUAUUUCUGAACAAUGACAAUAAUUUGAUUAUUUCUUAAUCAUUAUGUUUAGAAGAGGAUAUUGAAUGAACUGUAAAUGAAGCGUUUUUGUAUUUGUUUUUGCUGUCGUUUUUUGUUUGUUUUAAGUGUGGUUCUGUUAAUAGAUUAUUUAGACUGUACAAAAUGUAAUUUCUUUCUUUUGUGCUUUUAUUUCAUAUGCAAAUAAUACGCUUGGUUAAAGUUUUCUGGUUUUAUAUGUUUUUCAAACGCAAUGGCUUUGAGACCUUAGGAAAACAUGUUAUAUUAAUUGUUAUGACCGAUUCAAGUAGGAUAUCAAUUUAUAGUUUGUUUCCAAUAACCAAAUCAAAUAUCUCAUGUUCAAAGGUACAUUAUCUAUUUAUUAUUUUUAUUUUAUAUUUUGCUACUUUCUUCUUUUUUGCUUGGUUGAAAAUAAAUAAUUUAAGCCACA